AUGUACUGCGAGGGGUUUGACUGGUGCUGGGGGCUGCAUUGGGCGGCUUACCGUCAGCCCGUAAAAUACGGUACCAUUCCGGUGCGGUAUAGGGAAUUAUCACCAUCCGACAUCAGCAAGGAGGACAGGGGCACCAUGAAAUCCCUCCUACUUUUCUUGUUUUUGCUGGAUUGCGGUCCGCCCGUCUUCGCCCAGGACUACACGAUCGUCAUUUCCGACAACUACGACGACGACGACGACGACUACGACGACGACUACUACUACUACGACCACGGCAACAACCAUCACCACAACGACGACGCCGACAACCACCACUCUGACCACGACAACUGCGGUGCCAACGACCAC